GUGCUAAGCCAACGAAAACUCCGACGUCCCCUGAUCGCUGAGUCGGCCCCGCUUGCCAAGGGACGCUCCUGUCAAACGUGAAUAUCUUGCCCGAGCCAAACCUUUGGCCUCCGUCAAAUUCUAGGCCAGUUCAGAAAUCGCCAUGGCUCGCACGGCGUCAGCGACGGCCAACGGCCGCUCCCAGGCAAAGGAACCCGCCGUAAAUGGCAAUUCCUGUUCCGACGGCGCCGCUGCCGACCCUGACGACGCAAAGUAUCGCGACUUCUUCUGGACCUAUACCGAGGAGCCGCACCGCACAAGACGGCUAGCCAUCAUCAAGGCGCACCCAGAAGUCACCAAACUCUGCGGCCCUGAGCCUCUGACAAAAUAUGUUGUUGCUGGUGUUGUCGCUUUACAAGUAUUGCUCGCCCACCUCCUGCGGGACACACCCUUUUGGUCAUGGAAGUUUUGGGCCGUCGCCUACGUCUUCGGCGCUACGUCGAACCAGAACCUCUUCCUGGCCAUUCACGAGAUCUCCCACAAUCUCGCUUUCAGGUCACCGCUGGCCAACAGGCUCUUCGCCGUGUUUGCCAAUCUGCCCAUUGGCGUCCCUUACAGCGCCUCGUUCCGACCCUACCACCUCACCCACCACAAGUCCCUCGGCGUCGAUGGGCUAGACACGGACCUCCCCACCGCGCUCGAGGCCGUCUUCUUGGACUCGAUCCUCGGCAAGGCGUUUUUCUGCACCUUCCAAAUCUUCUUCUAUGCCAUCCGGCCCAUGACAGUCUACCGCGUCCCCUUCACCUGGGUGCACUGGCUCAACCUUAGCGUCCAGCUUGGCUUUGACUACGUGCUCGUGUUCCUUCUCCCGGGCUACUUCGGCGUCAACUCCCUGCUGUAUCUCCUGCUCUCCUCCUUCCUUGCCGGUUCCCUACACCCCACGGCGGGCCACUUCAUCGCCGAGCACUACGUCUACGAGACAGUCACCCCGACGGCCCGCGACCCAAAGAACAGCAUCCCCAUACCGGAAACGUUCAGCUACUACGGCCCGCUGAAUUUGCUUACCUACAAUGUUGGGCUGCACAACGAGCAUCACGAUUUCCCCGCCAUUCCAUGGACGCGGCUACCCGUGCUGCACGACAUGGCCAAGGAGUUCUACGACGAUUUGCCUCAGCACCGGAGCUGGACCUAUGUGCUUUGGCGCUUCAUCUUUGACGAGCAGGUUGGCCUGAGGUGCCGGGUGAAGCGCAAGCAAGGAGGCCGUGUCGUGGGCGGCGGGACCGUCGUGGCAAGAGUUGCUGACUGGAAGGAGAAUGAGAUCGAGGCUUAGACGGGUGGGAAGCUGCGGUAAAUCUUUUUUUGGCUGAGCUCUCAGAUACCCCUUAGAUUUGGCAUCUUGGGAGGGGCGCCCCGAGUUUUGGAUUAGAUAAUCGUAUAUAAUGUUGACUGCGUUCUGGUAAAUAAACAUCAACGCUAACUAUGCGCCC